AAAGUAAAAAAAACUUCAAUGUCGAAUUUAAAAAAAAAAUUAAAUGAGAAGGUAGCUAUAAUAACAGGAGGAGCAAGAGGGAUCGGUGCGGCGACGGCUAGACUGUUCGCAGAGAACGGCGCGUAUGUCAUAGUCGCGGAUAUCUUGGAGAAAGAAGGCGUCCACGUGGCAGAUUCCAUAGGCGGGUGUUACGUGCAUUGUGAUGUGUCCAACGAAGCUGACGUGGCGGCGGUGGUGGAGCUAGCCAUGAGACGUAGAGGGAGGCUGGACGUGAUGUUUAACAACGCCGGGAUGACUGUGAACGAAGGUAGCAUCAUGGAAAUGGACGUUGGGAUGGUUAACAAACUUGUCUCCGUUAAUGUGAAUGGUGUCGUGCAUGGCAUUAAACAUGCUGCUAAGGCCAUGAUCAAAGGGGGAGGAGGCGGGUCGAUCAUAUGCACAUCGAGCUCAUCAGCGGUAAUGGGAGGACUUGGAGCUCACGGCUAUACGCUUUCGAAAGCAGCCAUCAACGGACUGGUGAGGACAACGGCUUGCGAGCUCGGCUCUCAUGGCAUCCGCGUGAACAGCGUCUCUCCUCAUGGAGUUCCCACUGACAUCUUGGUCAAUGCGUACCGUAAGUAUCUAAACAAUGACAAAGUUGAUGUGGCUGAGGUCACUGACAUUGUGGCUGAGAAAGGGAGUUUGCUGAACGGAAGGCCCGGUACAGUGGAGGAUGUGGCUCAAGCAGCUUUGUUUCUUGCAAGCCAAGAAUCUUCGGGGUUCAUUACCGGACAUAACCUUGUCGUUGAUGGUGGUUACACUUCCGCCACUAAAACCUUGAGAGCUAUGUACAAUUAG